AUGUUUCGUAACCCACAGGCAUCCGGGCAAUUGUCAUUUAGUCAGAGACUAGCUCUCUCACGUAACUACCCACGAUCCAUGCUGAACUACGGCGUGUUGCGGCGGCCGCCAAACGGCUACCACUAUGAGACGAGGAGACACAUCUCGAAUACUUAUCCGAGGAAUUCGUAUACGAUAAGGUACGGUCUAUCGAACGUUGUCAGAAACAACAAUCGUGGGUCAUCGUCACCGUCGAAGGGUGGAAAAGGAAAUUUCAAAAAGCAGAAAAAAAAAAAGAAAUCCGGUGAUGAUGACGAAGGUGGGACGCCAGAUGACGCCCCUUCGCCGGCCACGAAUCCACCAGCCGAGGAUCCACCAGCCGAGGAUCCACCAGCCGAGAAUCCACCACCGUAAAUACCAUAUAGUGCACUGUACAGCCAAAGUGGAAUAUAAACGGUGGCUACGGCAGCGGAAUUUAGUUAUUUUUAUUUUUCGAUUUUCGAAAAACAUUCAGUUUUUUAUUUAUUUUUCCGUAUGGAUUUAAUCUAAGAAGUAACAAUAAAUAUAACAGUAAAUAUAGCAUACAUAUAAACAAUUUAAGUAAAAAUAAAUAAAUAAAAAAAUAUAAAAUUUCAGUAAUA